UGUCGGUUCUUGCGGCGCUGCAUGAAGUCGAACAAACGUGACAUAAUGGAUGGGCGUGGCUUGUGCUCUCGCAGGAUUCAGAUGGCUAUGUUUGGAGAACUUCGGUGUGCGAUUUUAACGAUGCACCUGUGUUAGGUGAUACCAAAACAGGUAAAUCAGGAAGUAAACACGCGCGUCAGGUUCUCAAACCAAACACGUACUUUAUGAAGAUGAAAUCUAAAAGAAGUAGUCUUUUUAGCUCUCCAGACUGACAUGAACAUCCUGCUGCAUCCUGCUGUUGUUUUCAUAUUGACAGGUCUAGCUUUGGUCGUCAAGUGUUUGGACCCUGUUCCCAUUCAGUUUUUGAAAAACCCAGUGCUGGUGGCGUCGGGGAACAAUGCGAUCUUCGCGAUACAGAGCGCUUCUGAUGCGUCCCUUAUCAGAUGGAUUACUCCAGGAAACAUCACGCUGGCCAUGUGGACGAACGGAUUGCCGGUUUUACUACAAGUACCCGGAUACCAGGGCAGAAUCUCUGUUACCGCCACUCAGCUUACAAUCACCAACAGCCAGCUUAGUGAUUCUGGGACUUAUAGUGUCUCAGUCGAACCUUCUGCAUCCAGUGGACUCGGGGUUAACACACAAUCGAUACAGCUCAAAGUGUUGGAUGCUGUGAAUGGAGUAACUUUGUCUCUACCCGGGGUGCCUCAGGAAGGCAAAAACAUGUCGUUGCUUUGCAAAUGGUCUGCGGGCACUGAUGUCAAUGUGCUUUGGGGUAAAGGAGGCGCUGCGCUGUCCUCUGACACCCGCAUUACAAUCAAUGGUGGAUCUCUGGUCAUCAGUCCGGCCAGUAGAGAUGAUUCAGGACAAUAUACAUGCACGGUCAACAACUCUGUCAGUGCCCGAACUGCCAGCUCCAGCCUCAGCGUUUACUAUGGUCCGGAUGCCCCACAGUUGAAUAAGACCUCAUCUGCGUGCGUUGGUGGAGGAGACGCCACAGUCGGCCAAACCGUCCGUCUCACCUGCACAUCCGCAUCUCUACCUCCAGCUUCAUUUUCGUGGGAACUUAACGGCCAACCGGUGACCGCAGGCCAGUCGGGCACUGGCGUGCUGAAUCUGCAGAUCUACUCGACCAGUCAGGGUGGCCGUUACACCUGCACAGCACGAAAUGACAUCACAGGGGCGACAUCUGCGCAGCAGAUUGAUGUGGUCAUUGUUGGCACUUGUCUCAGUGGAGGAGCUGUGGCAGGGAUCGUCAUUGCCUGUUUUGUUGCGCUCCUCAUAAUUAUCAUUGUCAUUAUUGUGCUUUUGCGACAAAGAAAAGUUGAUCAAAGAGUCAAGGAAGCUUUUGAACUUCAGAAAGCAAACCAGAAUAAUGGCCACAUGGUUUCUGUUCCUCCACUGCACGACAACAAUACUCUUCCUGUCAAUGGAAACCUAAACAACUCGAGCUCACAGAACCAGCAGAUCUUUACCAGUCUUCCCAAUAACAGCAAUGGAAACAUUCAUGCAGCGGCACAAAAUGGCCUUGGCAACACCAACCCACUCCGUCACAAUGGACAUUUGAGCACUGAUGCUUUUCAGCACAACUUAAGUGCACUUUCAAACAAUGACCAUCCAAACACUCUUUCAUAUCCAAACAACUCCAGGUCGAACCCACAGCCUGUCCAACAGAAUCCUAACAUUUUGAUUCAAACGGGUAAUUCUCAACCUGGUGCGCCUGUCCCUACAGUUCAUGUAAACCUCAGCACGUUGCCAAAUACUGACCAGCACAUAAGCGCACAGCCUCACACAGUGAAUGUCAAUCUCAACACGUACCCUCCAGAAGCAAGCCAGCCAAGUCACCGAAACGCUGAUCCGAGGGAAAGCACGGUACAGAGACAACACGCUAACCCCAACCUUCUGAGUCCAUCUCAGGGUGGCUCUCCGAGAUCGGAUAAUCCAGCACAGACCGGGGUUGACGAUGCUUUGAUGAAUAGAUCUCAUCAACCCAGCGGACUCAUUCAGACCAGUUACUCGCAUCCUAGCAACCAAACAGAUACCAGACGUCGCCCUGACAACUCGCAGUCAUCGAGAGAAGAGCAUCCCCGACGUUCCAACCCAACUCAGAUGCCGUGGGACAUUUUGCGGGGAACACCAGCUUAUCCCAACCCCCAAAUUGACAGCUCGGACAGCAGUGGAUCCUUAGAGCGGCAGCUAAGAUCCCCACGAGACACAAGGGGUGCUCGUUCCGGUCAGAGGCACAGAGUUGCCGAACCUCCCACCCCCCAAGUUAACAGCUCAGACAGCGGUGGAUCCUCAGAAAGGCAGCCUAGAUCCCCACGAGACACAAGGGGUGCUCGUUCCGGUCAGAGGCACAGAGUCGCCGAACCUGCAAGUGGGGUGAACCAGACGGCUCCUGCGGCCCGAGGAAGAGACCCCCAGAGAUCGGUCGCACCUAACCACUCUCAAAUCAGCCCAGAUGUGCAGAACAUUAUACAGUCUUAAAACCAGACCGCCCCUAGACAAGCAGUAACUCAGGCCAAACUCCCUCAGAGUCAGAACGUCACGAAUCUACCUCAAGAAGCAACCAUACCUUAUCACAACGAGACACAUGAUCGUCCUCGGACACAAGCGACCUACACGCAGACCAUGCCACAGCCAUCUAGCCCUCUAACUCAGGAAGCCCUUCGCCAGCACACCAUCCAGACGGAGAACCCCUUCAUCAACCGAAACCAGCAGACUCAAACCGUCCUGCAGAACCCCGGUGCUCCAUCUAAACCUUCCCAACCCACCCAGAAGCCCAACAAAGCAGGUCAGAAGCCACCCACUCCACCUCCGGUGCUGCAGCCGGAUGAGUUCCAGGCGCUGCCACGGGAACGUGUGCACCAGACGCGCAACCUUCAGCCCGUGCAUGUGGCCCAUCAACCCGUUCACAUGCCAAAUCAACACAGAUCUCCAAACAUGCACAGGCAGACUCAAGUAUGGCAUACAAGCCCUCAACGAAUGCUACCCAUGCACCCAGGCAUGCACCCAGGCAUGCACCCAGGCAUGCACCCAGGCAUGCACCCAGCCAUGCACCCAGCCAUGCACCCAGGCAUGCACCCAGGCAUGCACCCAGGCAUGCACGGACAGCCUGUGCAUCUGAGACAGGUCCACAGAGGAAAACCCAGGCACUGAGAAAACACAAACCCCAUUACAAAUCACAUUCUGUCUCUGUUUGAUGAAGUACAAGAUAUUUACUUUUUUCUAAAAGCGCAUUAUUGAUAAUAGGACUGAUCUCUUGUUCUCGCUGACACUGCUGUGUGGCUGUUGAACAGGCCAUCGGGUGCAUAUCAGGACAAUACUGAUGGAAAUUGAUUCAGGACUUGAGCUGAACUACUAAAUGAUAAAUAAUGGACUGACACUCUUGUGUUUAUUCAGUCCUCUGCGCACAGAUGCUUUGUUUGUUGCUCAGUUAGCGCGUUUCGCUACGGUGCGUUCAUGGAUGGAUUGUGCAUCUGUGUAUGAAGGAGACUCGACUCAUGGACAUCUAUUCAUUUAUCUCUUUUAUUUAGCAUGUUAAUGAUGUGAAAAAUGCUAAUAACUUUAGGCCUGGUUUAUUAUAUGUCACCCUGCCUGUGAAAACCCAGCUAAAGUCAUUUAUUUUUGUGAUUUACUGUUUUCUAAAUAAACGCAUCCUACAUAAUGUAAAGAACAUUCUGAAGAUAUAAUCUUGAUAUCUUGACUGAGUAAGGUCAUGUCAAAGAUUGAAAUCAAUGUGAAAUCAAUGAGUAAAAUGAAACUUUGAUGCUAUCUCAUCACUUCAGUCUGGAUUUCACAGACAGGGUCACACAUACAGCCGUGGAAAACAUUUAGAGACCACUCCAGUUUUGCCUUUAAUUCUCAUUUCUACAUGUAAUACGGUAAUUUCUGUCCAGUCAGUGUCUGUUUAAUUCCAACAACAGCAAAUGAAGAGUUUUGUUGCAAAACGAGAUAAAUCCGUUUUUUUUUUUUGGUUGUGCAUUCCAAUUAAUAUCAAUUCAACUGCAGUUGGUUUGUUUUGAUUUAAACCUUGAUAACUUAAAAAUACAGCUAAUUAGCACCAUAAAACAAAAUAAUAACAUGAUAACAGAAUAAUAAACAUGUUUUGACAAAAAUGUUAAAAAAAUGAUUAAUUGUCUCGUUUUGCAAAGAAACUCUUCAAAUAUAAAAGCAAUGUAAAAGACUGAGUGGAUACAAAGACACAUUAAAGAUGCACUGUAAAAAAUUGCUGUAAUUAUGCAGCUGGUUGCCAGUAACUUACUGUAGAAGAUAAAGACUGAAAAUGUUUCAUGUUCGUUUAACUUUGAACAAAUUGUUGCAAGUAAAUAACAUAAAUGUAAAAUCUACAGUAAGUUACUGGCAGCUAGUUGCCAGUAAUACCCAGUAAUACUGUAAUUUCUACAGAAUUUAUUUACAGUGUGUGAUUUAUAUUCAUUAUAUAAAAUUUUAAAAUGCAUGUAAAACAUUUUUGUUAUUAAGAAAUUAAUUUGAACUUGUUUUCUCUGCAGUAUUCAAGAUCGAAAAAAAUUUUUUGUUGUUGUUUGGACGCAUUUUCCCUUUUUCAGUUUUCAGUAAAUAAGUGCAAAUAAAAACAUUAUUUUUAAUAGGAACUUGGGAGAAAUGUUGGCAGAAUGAAACAAAAAUUAUAAUUUUACUUAAACACAUACCUAUAAAUAGUAAAUUUAGAAAAAACUGUAAAUACCCUUGAAAUGGUCUCUUAUUUUUUUCCGCCGCUGUAUUUUAAAAAAAAAAUUAAGAGACCACUCCAGUUUUGCCUUUAAAGUUACAGUUUACCCAAAAUGAAAAUUCUGUCAUCAUUUUCACUUUCUCAUUUCGUCAUGUUGUUCUAAACCUGUAUGAAUUUCUUUUUUUUGAUGAACACAAAAUAAGAUAUUUUUUAUAAAUGAUGUUAAGCACACAGCUGAUGGUAAUUAUUGACUUCCAUAAUAUUUGUUCUUCCUACUAUGGAAGUCAAUAUAUUGCGUUUUACAUGCAUACAUUAUAAAUAGUAGAAAAACUGAAAAUAAUCUUGGGGUGGUCUCUUCACCUUUUCCACAGCUAUAUAUUAUGAUAAAAAGCAAAUGCUGCAUGCGAUGGUUAAUUAACGUAGGGCAGAAUGGGGUCAGCCGUGCUGCUUUCCUUAUGAAGUCCAGGAAUGAGGUGGAGCUAAAACUAAAACUGUGAUGAUUAUGUUUUAGAGGACAUCAGCUAUCAACAUCAUAUCAUAAAGGCAUAGAAAUAUUUGGGACAGCUUUACAGUCAUGCUUUGUUCAUUUAUUUGCAUAUUGUUCUGCUGCUUUAAAAAGAAAGUGACCCAUCAUCCCUGUUACAAUUCUGGAAAAAACAUUUUUAAUAUGGUGUCCAAAUGUUAACUACAAAUGUUUUUGUAAUUUUCUAUUUAAUGUUACAUGUAACACCAUUAAAGCAAAAUUGUAAUUACAGCAUUUCCU